AUGUUGGACAUCUACCUCGACCCAUGCACGAUCAACUGCCGUAAGGUGCUCGCCGGCCUCGCGCUGUUGGACGUGAAAUACAACUACCACUUCAUCGACUACUUCGCGGGCGGCCAAAAAGACCCCUCCUUCACCAAAAUCAACCCCAUGGCCACCGUCCCCGCCGGCGUCGACGGCGACCUCGUCCUGACCGAAAGCAAUAGUAUUCUCCAAUACGCCGGCGAUUUGGACGGCAAAGACCACGCCGCUUAUCCAAAGGACAUCAAGAAGCGGGCCGAGAUCAACAAAUGGUUGUUCUGGGAAGCUUCCGUCUGGUUUGCGUCCUGCUACGUCUACACGAUUGAGAACGUGGCCAAGCCGGAACUGAUGAGCGCGCAGCCGGAUGAGAAAGUCGUAGGGGAGGAGAAACCCAGGUGGGAGAAAUUGGCUGCGGUGUUGGAUGGACAGUUGCAGAAACAUAAAUUUGUUGCUGGGGAGGAGGUGACGAUUGCGGAUAUUGCGGUCGCGUCGUGCAUGCAUUUACAUCCUCAUGCCAAGUUCCCGAUUGAGAAGUACUCUGCGCUGCAGAAAUGGUUCGCGGAGAUUGAGAAGCUGCCGUGUUGGAAGGAGACGAACGAUGCGGUGAUUAAAGGGUUGGUGCCGAGUGUGUGGAAGAAGCAGCAGCAGAAGAAUGGUGAGCAGCUCCCUCUCCGCCAACAAGCCAAUGGCCAUGGUGCCGACGGCAAGGCUUCUGUGAGGUCGACGCUAAAUUACACCAAGGAUCUUAGCGGCCAGGGCCAAUUGACCGAAAUCUAUUUCUACGAGGACCAGGAGGGGAAGUGGAAGGAUAUCCAUGAGCCGGGGGAUGACGAGCACGAAGUUUCUUUUCACGAUGGGUGGAAUAGGGUCAAGGAGUUCGAUUACGAUAAGCAUGGUUUCGCGGUGAAAAAUUUCUCUUCAAAGUACUCGGGCGGUUGGGAGGACGAGGCAGGGGUCAAGGAGAAGUUUUACCCGGAGGUGGUGGAGUUUUUGGAAAAGGAGUUGGGCGCGAAGCGCGUUCUUGUUUUCGACCAUACCAUCCGCACCAAGGGGAAUCAGGGCAAGAAGCUCACGCAGGAGACGAAUACGACGCAGCGGGCGCCCGUGCGGUUGGUGCAUUGUGAUUAUACAGCCGAAUCAGGCCCGGUGCGCGUCAAGCAGCUUUUACCGGACGAGGCGGACGAUCUGUUAACGAGACGGGUGGCGUUUGUGAAUGUGUGGAAGCCGUUGGCCAAAGUGGAGGAGAUGCCGUUGGCCAUGUGCGAUGUCACUUCUUCGCCUCCGGAUGAUUUCUUCAAGUUGUUCCUGAGGUAUCGCGAUCGUACGGGGGAGAACUAUGUCAUGCGGUAUUCGCCGGAGCACAAGUGGAUUUAUUUCCCUGAUAUGGAGGCGGAUAAGGUGAUUUUGCUCAAGACUUUCGAUAGUGAGAGGAGUAAGGCGAGGUUUGUGGGGCAUAGUGCUUUUGAGGAUCCGACGUCGAAGAAGGAUGCGCCUUUCCGGGAGAGCGUGGAGAUCAGGACGAUUGUUUUCUUUUAG